UGGUGGGGGCAGGCUUUAAUAAUAAUAUUUUUAAUAAAAAAGAAGAAGCCCAAUGAAUUCAGGAUCAAUGACCGCUUGGUGACCUUGUAUGGUACCGUACCUGGUAGUUUACGGCUUCGCUUUUGCGCGUCGGUGUCGAAGAGAACCAGAACAGGCAGCAGACCAAAAAGACUGUCCACAAUCCAAAAGGCAAUUACUCCGGAGUAUUGUGUUAUUGUAACCAAGAUGAGUCUGUUAUUAUCGUCGUUAGAGCACUACGAUGCCCUCCUGCACAGUAGCAACAGCAACAGUUCCAGCACUAGUAGAAAGAAUCUUCAAGUCACCUCGGACGACGACGGUGACGAAAUUGCGAUUUGCAACUUGGCCGCACUCAUUCCGUUUAGUCUUCCGCCGCAACCCAAUGGACACGUCCAUUACUUGACGGAUCUGUUUGGAUUGGUGGCCCCGCAAUUGGCAUUGGCCGUCCAGCAUUUGAAUACGGGAGAUGGCAGUAUCGUACGCGAUUUACAAGGGUUGAAUGAUCGGUGCAACAUUCGCUUCACGUUGGAAUUCCUCGACACGGGGCUCGUCGAAAAUGUGGCGGUGGAUUCCGUGCUGCGUGUCACAGAUCGAGCGUUUCCUCCCGUCUGUGCCUUUCAAGGCGCCAGUCGAUCGUCCGUGAGUAUGUAUACAGCCGCCAUUACGGGUCUGCGAGGCUAUCCCCAAAUCAGUGCCGCGUCCACAUCGCCACUCCUCAGUAGCAAUGCCGAUGCCCCACAACUGUUUCCGCUCUUUGGAAGAACCAUUCCGUCGGACGAUGCCAUUGCUGUGCCGAUCAUGGAACACUUUCAAUCCGUACUGAACAUUCAACAUUUGGCCGUUCUUUACGUCAAUGAUGCCUAUGGAACCGCCUUUGCACGAGGACUCCAUGAAGCAGCUGCUCCUGGAAUCAGUAUCAAGAGCGUGGAAAUUGCUCCUGGUUCCGUACAAGCCAAUGUGGAACGGGCUGUCCGAGAAUUGAAACAAACGCAGUAUCAGUACAUUUUUGCCAUUCUCAACCAACACCAUUUGUUUUAUGAUAUCCUGUUGCAAGCGUUCGAGGAAGGCAUUGCUGGGACGGGUCGUCACACGUGGUUCUUUUCCGAUGCUUCCUUGGGCGCCAUUCUCGCGGCGACACCCCCGAUCGAUUCCCCAUUGCAGUUGGCACUCCAAGGCGCCGGUGUCAUUACGGCAUCGGCCGGAGUGCCGCAACAACACAACCAACAAACGCCCUUGAAAUCGUACAUUGACAAUCUCAACGAAUUCCUCAACAGCCCGGACGAUUUGGACUAUCUCGUUCGCAAAUCACCCCAUCCCGACGCUUUUGCUACCACCAACAUGACACUGAAAGAAUUUGAUAUUCAAGAUCCAUUUACUCCGUUCAUUUACGAUUCCAUGAUUGCCUUGGGAUUGGGUGCCUGCAAUGCAAGAGCAUCCGACAACAAUGACGACUACUUUGACGGACACGAUCAUUUCCAUGCCAUUACCCGCACCACCUUUGUGGGAACGUCGGGGCCCGUCAUUUUUGAUCCGGAAACGGGAUCUCGAGAACCCUCUUCGGCCUACUGCGGAUUGCAUCAAAUUGUCGCCAACAGCAGCGAUAUUGCAAACAGUGGUAAUACAACCUUUCGCGUCACCAUGGCGAGUCUGUACGAUCAUGGGAUUUGGAAACAACUCGACGAUGCUUCCCCCUUUGUCUAUGCCGAUGGAUCCACCGUGCCUCCCAGUGACUUGCCACACAUUCAAGUCAAUCCCAAUUAUUUGGGCACCGGGUGGCGCGUGGCGGGAUAUGUCUUGUGUGGCAUGGGCAUGGCAUUGGCACUGGGAUUGGCGCUCUGGACACGAGCGCAAUCCGAAAAUCGUGUCAUUCGGGCAUCGCAACCCUUCUUUUUGACCAUUAUUUGUUUGGGUGUGGCCACCUUUUUUGCCUCCAUUAUUCCGUUGGGUGUCGACGAACAGAUUGCGACAGAGACGGGAUGUACGGUGGCUUGCAAUGCCGUCAUUUGGCUCCUUUCGAUUGGAUUUUGUGUCACCUUUUCGGCCAUGUUUACCAAAACCCAACGAGUCAACAAGAUCUUUCAGAAUCCACGCUUUACCCGCAUCAAAGUGACACCGUUAGACGUCGUCAAGCCCAUGAUGGUAUGUUUGGGAGCCAACUUUGUACUGCUCGCCCUCAUGGCGGCCCUUCGACCCGUCGCGUGGACGGUGGAGACACUGGCACAAGACGAUUUUGGUCGCGACACGGAAACACGGGGAUUUUGCGACUGGUCCCAUUCCAUUCCAUUUCUAGUACCGUUGGCAUUGAUCAAUCUGGGUUGUCUGUUCUAUGCCAUGGUACAGGCAUAUGAGGCACGAGGGAUCAGUAUUGAGUUUGCCGAAAGCGAAUGGAUCUUUCGAUGCAUGUUGGUCAUUGCCUUGGCCGGAUUCUUGAGCUUUCCGGUACUGGUACUCAUUCACGAAAACAACAAUGCAUUCUAUUUCUUCUUUUCGGCAACCAUUUGGAUUACAGGAAGCCUCGUCUUGCUGCUCAUGUUUGUUCCAAAGAUUCUGUUCCUUCGACAGAAAGAAUCACAACCAAGCAUGAAAAUGUCCAUUAUGCGUGGAUCCAACAGCAACAGUGCCCGAUCGUCCCUCUUUCACGAUCCUUCAACAUUGAACUUUUCGUCCUCGGAAGAUGGGCUGCUCGUUCUGAGCCACCCAAAGACGGAAGCCGAGUUGAGAGAUCGAGUGGUGCAUCUGGAAGCGCGCCUCAAAAAGUUUGCUGAUCGCUGUUCUUGUCGCCAAGCAAGUGACGACGAUUUGGUGAUGAUAGCUCCAAUAUUGGACGCCAUCCCGGAACAGCCUUCGCACGACAACAAUGGUGAGGAGGAGGAGGAUGAGGAGGAGGAAACGUCGUCGUUGACUCCCGAAGGCAUCCAGAAAACUACCAGUAACGGGGAGUUUUGUUCCACGGCAACACCAGAUGACGUGGUGGAUCAUCAUGCCUAGACAGCUAGAUAGCUAGCCGGGGGUAUGAUAGCUACUCUCGUGGAACGGUUGCUGUUCGCGUGGUUGUACCGGGAUGGAUCUGUGGUUACAGUGUGCCAGGUACUUCAGAGGCUCGUCAGACUGCACAGGACGUGGGAUUCAUUGGAGAAUCUAAGCAUGGCAGCUCGAGAGGGGGGAGCUACAAGUCAGCUAAAGCAAAAAGCGCAGAUCUGGCAUGGGAGAGGGCAUCGUGGAUUCGAUUAUUGAUUGCAACAAGAUUCAUUAUGUUGGCAGAGAUUCAAGUGCUAUGUAAUCCGGUGCGGGAACAUCAGAGCUUGGUGUGGCUACAAGUUGCACUAAAAACUAUCUAGAACAUUAUUGGGAGCAAAGCUAUCAGGAUGGCAAUCACCACGUUUUAUUGGCCGGUUAGGACCGAGUCAGCUGACAGAGGCGCCCAAACACCAAAUCUGGUGAACGUAUCGAGGACUUACUAGGGGUGCGCCCUAGUUUUGCUGACGCCAUUGAACAUGUUCUUGUUCAGCAAAGAUGACUUACUUAUCAUACUUGGCGAAUGAUUCAAUCACAACCGUGCAUUGCAACCACUCCAAUUCGGACGUUGCUGAUGACCCUUGCAGUCACGGCAGGAACUAUCUUUAUCGACAACCAUCCUGAACGACAACAUUGCCAAGCUCAGAGAAGCCGCUGACAACGCCAAAUCCGAAGUGGAGCAGUGCGAACGAGUGCUCAAGGAUUCCCAAGAAAGAUUGGAUGUGGCCAAGGAACUGCUGUUGGAAAUGGACCAGGAAGAUCCGGAACGGAUCCAGAUUACCCACACCAAACAUCCCGACCUGUUGCACAAAAGCGAUACGAGACCAACAAGACCUAGCUAGUGGUUGGUGGGAUUACUAUGCAUGUAAUAUGCAAUGCGGUGUAGAACACUUGUUGGCAUAAUCCAAUCCGCCCAUCAUUCCUGUUCCAAUUGAAUCUGCCAUCUUCUCCGCCACAAACUUAUUUCUUUCUUUAAUCCUCAUGCAAGUCAUGGCGUCACCCAAAGUCUUCCGUCAAGCACAAAAAACCAAUGGGACCGGACGUCGCAGUACACUGUACCGAGCACCUUCACGACAAGCAACUCGUCGCAUCCAUGACAACAAAAGAAUAACAUCCAUUCAUGCAGUACGAACCAAAGACUUCGUCAGUGCCUUAGACAGCGUCUUCGCCACUGCCACUGCUGCCAUCCACGCCAGUAUCCAGAGCGUCCUCCUCGUCUUCGUCUUCAUCAAUGAUUUCGAAAACUUCCAAGGGUUCUUCCGCGGGAGUACUAGCGGCUGGGGAGCAAGUGAUUUCACCAUCUUCAUAGUAGGCUGAGAGGUCACUAACAGUGUCAAUAUGACGCAAUUCGACGGCGUUUUGGUGUUGCUUCUUUUUCAUCAGUUCUCUUUUCAUCAACUUGUAUUCCUUCAUUAGAUCUACUGUCUUCCAGUCAGGCAUUUCUGUCUUCAACUUCUUUUUGGAGACCAUUCUGUUGCAAACACCGCCACAUCGAUGCUGAUAUUUCCCACGAAGAUUCGCGAUGUUUUUGGCUGGCGUAAUGGUUGGGUUUAGCUGCGCAUGGUUUUGCUCCAUAUAAUCAAUAAGGAGACGGCAUGAGUAGUCACAUUUAACAUACUCCAGUUGGACAUUUUCCCAAAAGGAGAGAUCCGGCUUCGGCAAAGCAACGAAAUCGGUACUGUCACUGCUACUGUCACUGUUACUGUCACUGCUAUCAUCACUGCUGCUUUCGUCAACGCCUUCGUCAAAGGCAAUGUCAAGGUCCACAUCGAAGACUUCAUAAACGUCCGUCGUAGCGUCGAUAGGAGUGUUGAAAGCUGGGGCGGGGGUCCAUGUCACUUCACAAGUCUCGUAGUGGGCUGAGAGGUCUGCCCCUGUGUAAAUCGGGUUGGCAUCAUCCUUCACCGCACUCGAUUUCAUAGCCCUGAAGGUCUUCCCUUCAACCAGAUCGUCUCUUCUUACGCUUCUUUCGAGGUACUUGAAACACAACUUCACACCUUGAUUCAGCAGUUUUUUAUUGCACUUUCUUACCAACUUGGAAUCAGUGGCGAAGAAUGGGUUAUUGGAACAAAUAUCGCCCGUAACAACAUGGCAUGCAUUGACACAUCUGAGAAGCUCCAACUGCACUUUUUCCGAAGUAGUCAGAUCCGCUUCAUUGAGAGCUCGGGACUUCGAGGCUCCACCCCUGAGAUACUCUCGGAGCUUUAUGGGGACUUCGAUGGCGCAAACCACGGGCAAGGCCAGGAGAAAGGAAAUCAACUUGAACUGCAUUUUGUCGAUCAGAUAAAGAAAGCUGUUAGUUCCUUCACGAGGAGUCCAGAAACUCUUUGUGAGCUCAAACUCAUCAGGUGUUUUCGUAGCUUCGGGGGGUUGCAAUGAUUGAAGAUCCAAAAAGGAUCCGCGAUCUGGAGG